GGGUCGACGCCGACCCCGAGCCAGACGUCGACGCCGGCGCGGCGGCUGUCGUCUCUCGCGGGCGUAAGGUCGCUAGGGCAGGAGAGGGACGCGUGCAGUUGUCGCGAAACCUUCCGCGCGUUUCUGCAUCCCUUGGUGUGUCCCUCGGUGCGUCCCGUGGCGUUGCGUCCCAUGGAGCGUCCAGUGGAGAGCUGGACGUUAAAAAAAUAAGGAAUUCUUUAGAAAUUUCGAAUUGCAGAUUCUCAUCGAGAAAAAAUCUCUCCUUUCUCGUCUCGUCAUGCGAAACGAUUAUAUUACGGUCAACGCCAUGAAGCGGAAAGAUAUUUCGUGAAGAUGGGCGGGCCGAUGGGAAUCCUAGUUAUUUGUCUUACUUGGGAGGCCUGUGUUCGUGAGAAAGUUCCGCGUCUUAUCUGUGUAGUUCGAUGAGAUCAAAUGUAAUGUAAGUGAAGAAAUUUGAUUUGCGAAUAAAGGAAAUCGUCGCUUUCCGUGUAGAGACUGACGUCUUACAAAGUUUGUCGGUUAUCGUGAUCCACGGGAUGACCCUCCACCUUUGGACGAGCAACGAGAGAAGACAAAUCCGGCAUAAGAUAUAAUCGCGUGAUAUGUCACGAUCAGGAAACUGAUCUAAAACGAUUGUACAACUCGAAGAUUGCUUCGGUUAUUCGACGAUGAAUCGGGAAAACGAAGAGCAGCAACCCGUUUCUCAAACGUUUUGUGGAGCGUUGCAGAAGGAACCCAAUUGCAAGUGUUUAGUACUUUCCGUACUGAUAUAUGGAUGCCUCGCGGCAGUUACGUGGUGUAGGUGCGCUAAUGUUACCAAGGUUGUAAUCAACUUCUCCAAGUACCUUAUCAAAAGUACUAAGCACGUGUCUCCAUGUGACGAUGGUUAUAUAUAUAUUCCAGUUGCCUUUAUGGGAAUGCUUUAUCUCGUGUACCUGGUGGAGUGUUACCAUUCCCCGAUUAGAAUCGAUCUGUCCCAUGCGGAGAGUCAAGACUGUGUACUCUUGAAAUUAAAUCAACUAAGGCUAGCCCAACCGACGAUCUGGUGGAAGGCCGUUUCCUAUCAUUAUGUACGUAGGAAACGGCAAAUCACCCGAUAUAGAAACGGAGACAAUUAUACGACGACUCAGGUUUAUUACGAAAGGGUGAAUACUCACGCAGCCACGUCCUUCUAUUACUACGAUUACUGUGGGGUGAAGGAUAUCAGCAAGGAACUGAUACCCGAUCCAAAAGUACCCAUCACGAAGAUCGCGCUGACCAAGGGCUUCGCCUUUUCAAACAUGAGAUCCGCCACGGAAUUCGAGGAAGCCAGGUCAAGGUUCUUCGCUGAACAAGAACUGAGGGACGACUACAUGGAGAUGAGGGAAGGCUUGGAACUUGGAUGUAAUCUCAAUCCCACAACUUUAGUCGCCGUCCUUGGUAAACCUUGGUUCACCAAUCGUUACGUUUACUGGUGCCUUAGCGCUCUCCUCCUUAGUUGGCCCUUGAGAGUAAUCAUAGAGUACAAUACGCAAUACGCCGACUAUCAGGUGACUAAACUAUUUGGAGUGAACUAUGAUACACCGAUCGGUGCCGAGCCAAUACGUACUUCCACUAGUCAAUUGAGUCAACCAGGAUCUUACAUGUUGGCACCAAGUUACAGUGAAGCACUCCUCAUGGAACCAGCAGCUCGACCUACCACAGAAAAUCGACAGAUCGAAGCAGAGCCAGGAACAGAGUCCGAGAUCGAUAUGGGAAUAGUUCCUAGUUAUUCCGAAGCAUUGCUUUACGAACGAGCUGAACUUGGAUCGAACGUCGCCGGAACUUUUCCAUUGAUUCAAGAAGAAAGAAAGGAUCUCAGAGUGGAGAUUGAACCGACGUGCCAAUGUCUUUGUCAUAAAAUUUCCAACGACUUGGAGAUCGUUCAGGAACAAAAUCUUUCGAAUCAUGGGGAAAAUCGAGACUCUACUUACGUAACUUUGGAUCCUACGUGUAUCGCUAGCAGUUCGAUGUGUCAGAACGAUAUCUCAAAUGACUUUGAACUUGUAUCUUGUUCGUGCGGUCACCAAAGUUCUUACACGUGUCCCAGUGUUUCGGACAAAAAUAAUCUCGGUGAGAUUACCGUUAAUAACGCUAGAACAAUGGAUAGGACCGACAAAGUUGUUCGCCCAUCGCGAAGAGUGAAACGAGAUAUUUCCGAGCCGAACUUACGAUCGCGUUCAGAAAUAGGUCACGAAGGAGCUUGUUCUUCCAAGAUAAAUUGUAAAAGUUUGGAGAAUAUUUUAGAAGAAGAAACUACAGAUUCUCGAAAUAAUCUCUCGAGAGUCAAAUUGGAUGGACCUCGGGAUAAUUUUGAAACAAUAAUCGAUGAUGAAGUUUCGUCUAUAAUAAUAAACAAAUCUAUAGAUAAUAAUGUGACUCGUGAGAUAAACAGUGCUGAAUCGAAAGGUGCUAUUCCAAAGAGAUUUGUGGAGCAGAGCACAUCGCGUUGCAGAGUGACCGUGAAUCCAAGAUCGGAUGAAGUUCGUAGGCAAAUACCAGUCUCGAGGACCUAUUUCUGUUUGAAAUCGAUUCUCAAGCAAAACAAGCGUCGAUACACUUUGAUGACUACCGCACAAGAAUUAGAGCACAUCGAAGAUUGGGAAACCGUAAGGUUGGAUAGGAGUUUCGAGGAGCUUCGAUAUAAUAACUCGCAUUUGGAAUGUGGGAGAAGAAAUAAUGAAAUUGUUGGAUCAAAUGAGGAGAAGGUUCACACGUGUUUGUCACGAGAAUACUUGAAUAAUGCGUCGAGUUCACGAGCGAAAGAUAAAGGAUAUCUACAGAAUUCUACCUUUGGGAAAGAGAAGUCAUCACCUACGGAACAAAAAUAUGAUUAUUCAAGAACUCUCAUCUUCGCUAGCCCAAUCCAAGAAGUCUGUCCGGACGACCCGUUCGGUGGUAAGAAUGUUGUACCAACGAGAAAUCAAAGCUAUCACGAGGAGAUUUCUAACGUUCCUAUGUUGGUUAAGCUUAGACGAUCUUUUACCGAACGAGAGGGUAUACAUCGACGUCACAGAGAUGUUCGUAAGAUCCACAGGCGUCGUACUUUUGCUGUAGACGCCGAUUAUUCCUUUCCCUUGGUUGAACCUGAGAAUUACGAGACUAUGAAUGGAAAUAUCUAUGUGCCUGGUUAUAAAAAUGGCGUAUCAUUUCCUCCUUACGACGGUUUUACGACCGAUCGACGAACAACGUCGAUAACACAACCGAUCGUUUUAAAGAAUGACUUUCGACCUUCGGCCGAAGGAAAUCUCACAGUCAAAGAACAUUUUUCAGUUGAAGAUGAACAUGAAAACGAAGCUAGUGGCUGGUCCGUCGAAAAUAACGUUUCACCUAACACAUUGACGAGAUCCUUAACAGAACGAAGAACCAAUCCGAAGGAUGGUCGUAAUUCAAAUUUACGAAGAAGCUUCACUGGUAGAGUAGACUCGAUGAAUUGCAGAUCGAUGAACGGUAGACGUACCAACCUUAACAUGGAAACCUCGUUGUAACAAGUCGAUACGAUUAGCUCCUUUUGUACUACGCGCGCUCUGUUCAUAUACUAUAUAUAUAUAUAUAUAUAUAUAUACACACACAUACAUAUAUAUAGUACGAUUGAAGGAGGAGAAUGGGGCCUUCUUUAAACAGUAGAAUAUAUAGUGACUAACGAUUGCUCUUCAAGAUCGUCGCGUUUUCUUCGAACGUUCGAUUUUUAAGUAAAAAUUACCAUACAGAUACAUGAUAAUAUUUUGGAAUGCUAAAGAAAAAGAAUGAAAAAAAGGGAAAAAAAAAGAAAGAACAAAAACAAAAACUUAUUCCGUCUUUUUAACGCGUUAAUUUUGGAGAUAACGUUAUACGCUUUCGAUUUGCGAUGUAAUUAGGCAUUGCUAGCUAGGAAGUCUUAUUGCUAGCUAGGAAGUCUUAUUGCUAGCUAGGAAGUGUGUUUUCGAAUUUUGGGAUAAUAAUAUUGACGAACUCGAGUAAAAAUUAUUUUAUACAUAGGCACGAAUUUGUGGUACGCUGGUGCUGCUACUGCUGAUGAUAAUGCUAUAAAGAAAAAUGUCAUAAAUAGCGCUAUAAAUAUCUAAGAAAUAUGAAUGGUCAUCGCAUAUGCGUAUGUUCCAAUAGAGUGCUUUAAAACAUAGCUAGGUAUACAAAACGCAAAUUUGUCGAGAGUCAAUUAUACGCGCACAGUAUCGUAAUCAUUGGCUUUAUUGACAUUAAAUUAGGAACAGAAAGUAUCACGCAUCGUUGAUAACAUUAUGCACAAUUAACAUAGUCGAUCGAUGACAAUUACAUUUAACUACCGUCCUAAAUCUUUGUUUAUCGUUAGUUCAUACACACGUAAAAAGGAUCCCUUGAAAGUGUUCGCCAACUUUUCUCAUAAUAAUGUCUCUAAACAAUAUGUUAUAAUUUUGAAAGUUAUUUAAAUACUUUUGUAAGGUACUGUAUCUGUUAUCCCAUUUUAGAUAUCGAUUAUCGAUAAAGUCAGUUUGUAAACACUUCACAUUAAAUUAAUAUCAUAAUCUCAUCAGUUUCCAUGGUAUAUUCAAUUAGAAGUAUAUUACAUUAAUAUUCAACAUUUAUGUAUCCAUGAGUACACUUUCAAGGGGAAAUAUCUUCCAUUUGACAUUUAAAUAUUCUCAAUUAAUUCCAUAUUUUGUUGUUGAAAGAAUAAAAAUGUUCGUAAUAGUUAAUGUGUGACGGGGAAAAUUUUCGAAACUACACCAUUACGAUUUAAUUUAGCAAAAAAUCUAAUAUAUGCGAGUUGUAAAAUAAGUUAUUUUUUCUACCAAUAUAAUCGAUAUAUAUUCAUCGUUAAAAUGUAAAUCGCCAAUGAUAAAAACAAAAAAAUGCCAAAUUAUUGCAUACACAUUAAGGCAAUAACAUAUGAAACAAAAGAAAAUGUUUUACACGGUAUUCAUUGGAUAUCCUUGCUGAAUAUAACAUUUUUAGCUAAUGGCGUAUGAAAUUUCGUACGAAUAUUUUAGUACCGAUGACGUUGACUGUCAAUUUUUAAGUAAUCGCGUCUCUUUGUACAUGGAUAAAAAUAUUUUCGGCAAUAUCGUACGACCACAAAGACUCUUUCUCAUAAUGUUGUUUAUCCAACAACACAAACGAUCCUCAACUAAUUUUUAACUUUAUCGCCGAUGUAAGAUCUAUUGCUCGUUAUUGGAGCAGUAUUUUUUACAUAAGUAUAAUGGAUAUAAGUCGUUUGAGUUAAUCCAUUUGUACAAGCGUAUAUACGAUCACCAAAUGCUGGACAACGACCUUCUAAAACAUUCGACGGUUCCGAUUUCGUACAAACGAACAAGAAAAAGAUUCAAAUCGGAAUUGAUAAGACGGUACAAAUUUCGUUCGUUUUUCUCGAACGGACAAUGCCAUUUAUAAUUCCUAAAUAUUUUUAUGUAAAAGACCAAACGUGCAAGUUUCCAAAAUAUUAACAUCUAAUAAUAUAUAUAUAUAUAUACAGGGAGUUCAAAAUAAGGGGUUUAAGAUUUAGAAAGUAUAUUUAACUCAUUAAACUUAAUAUGCAUUAUUUAUUGACAAAAUUGCCAAUUACUAAUUGUUUACUCAGCUUGCAUGAGUACUAUAUAUUUUCUAAAUCUAUAACUCUUUUCUCUUAACGUACCCUGUAUAUAUAUACGAUUAUAAAUAUAUGUAUAACGACGUCAAACUUAUUGAAAAACAACAACAACAAAAAUCACAGAAUUACUCUUCUGCGUAUAUAUAGUCUUCUAUAACGCAUAUAAGAGAGAGAAUUUGGAGUGUUAUUUGUAAACGAUUAUACGCGCGCGUGUGUUUCAAAUUAUGCAUUCUUAUAAACGUUUGCAAUUACAAAGCUUAUACGUAUGUGUAUUUCCGGGUAUAAUAAAAUGCGCAGUUAAUACUAACGUAAUUUUAGGCUUAAGCUAAUCUAUUUGCGACAAGCCAACAAUUAUUGUAUAGUAUACUGUAUAUACAUUAUCGUUCGGGUAAGUAUUCGAAACAUCUGCAAUAAAAAAAUUUGACAAAUUUUUUUCUGUUCACAGAUAUUUAAAAUCUAUAAAUAGAUAAUCUGUUUUUGGAAAAAAACAAUAUAUAUAUAUAUAUAUAUAUAUAUAUAUAUAUAUAUCGCGUAAUUAUUUCGAAUAAUUCGUAAGCAUAACACAGUUCAUCCGAAUACUUAAGUACGAUAAUGUGUAUAAAUAUAUAUUUAUAAUGUUUAAAAAUGUGAUAUAUAUACAAUCCCGUUCUAGUUUGGUGAUAUAUAAUUGAAAGAAUGUAACGUCGCUUUUUAAAUUGCGCACAAUCAUGGACGAAGUAGAAGAUUAUUCCCCGCCCGCCAUAAUUUUUAAGUAAAAUCGAUUUAAAUGAAGUAAUUAUGAAAACAAAAGAGAAAUGUACAUCUAGAAAGGAUGUACAUCUUUUUCUUUUUUCCUUCUUGCGAAGAACGAUGCGAAUGUAAUAUAAAAAUAGGAUAAAAACGUACAAAAAUAUACGUUUUUCCUUAUCAUGCCUUUCAAGUUGCUUACAUUAAAAUUUUAUUAAUCAAAUGUGAAAGGUAUCGAAGUCUACGAUUUUAUUAGUACCGUAACCAAUUAACGUCAAAACUCUAUUUUUCUUAUUGGCAAUGAAUAUGUGAUCUCAUACAUACCUACAUACUUAUAUUCAUAUAUAUGCAUACAUACAUAUACAUAACAUACAUACAUAUAUAGAUAUGUAUAUAUAUGUACUGUAUACAUAUACUAUGCAUAAUAGUAUAAUAUACGACUUGUCAACAUAGUAGCAAGUAAAGCUUAAAUGUAAGAAAUACACACAGCUAAGAGCAUAGAGGCAGUAUAGAUUAUUAUUAUUAUAGAGAAAUAGAAAUAGAUAUUAAUUGGCAUUCUUUUUGUAAUAUUCGAUAUUCGAAAUCAUAUCGAAUGUCGUACAUAUAUGAUUUUGUUUCAUAAGAAAAUUGUUAUAUUGAAGAUUAAAGAAAGAAAAAAGAAUAAAGAAUUAAGGGUAAUUUUUGAUUGUUACAGCUUAUGUAAUAGCAGACAAUCUAAUAAUGUAUUUAACUGACGAGCGGGGAAGUUUCGUUAUUUAAAGGAAAAACAAAUAUUGUAUUACCCAUGCCGUCUUAAAAAGUGCUCUUCUGAUCGAAAAAUUGUUUUAGAGCAAUGCUGAUACGUGAUAAAUAGAAAAACGUUAGGGUGCAGAUUAUAUAAGCGUGCUUUUUUUUGAAAAAUAAUGCAUCUGUAACUAACGUGAUUCUGUCGCUAUAUAAAAUAUAGUAGUAUUAUUAUAUAUAAUGUUAUUAAUGAUAUACAGUGAAUUAUACUGGUGUAAAAACAAACUAUGGUUAUAAUAUAAUAAACGUUGACAUAUUUAAAAGUUA